AAAUAUCUCAGCGCUUCCCAUUCGAGAAGAAUGAUAUAUUAACAUUUCUUCCUUCCAGAAGUAUCCAGCGACUUUAAGAAAAGGAAAAGACAACGCUCUUAGCCUCGUUUUCUUCACGCAACCCUACUACUGCUCCGAUGGCAACCACCACCACCACCACCACCACCGCCGCCGCCGCCUAUUCAUCGGCAGAAGAAAACCCUAAGAAUACCCUGGACGCUGCCUCACCUUCUAUGGAUAAGUCAGAUCCUCCUAGCGCUUCAACACUUUCCGAUGCUGAAGUUUCUGUAAAGGAGGGCGAGGGUUUGAAGACCACCGGGACUGCUGUGGGCUUGGCCGCUGGGGAAAGCAGCGGUCCCGCCGACGAUAUCCAGAAGAAGAUUCGACGAGCUGAGCGAUUCGGCGUGCCCAUCCAGUUAUCUGAGCAAGAAAAGCGUAAUUCUAGGGCCGAAAGGUUUGGCACUGCACCCAGCUCAAAGGGAUCGGAAGAAUCUAAGCAAUCGGAGGAGCUGAAGAGGAAGGCUAGAGCAGAGAGGUUUGGGAUUGCUGCACCCACUACAGCAACUGAUGAGGAUGCAAAGAAGAAAGCUCGUCUUGCUAGAUUUGCACCAUAUUCCAAACCUGAUUCAGUUGAAGAAGAAAAAAGAAAAUUACGGGCUAUCAGGUUUUCGAAUCCUUCUUCUACUACUUUAUCUUAGGUGAAUGGCAAUGGAAAUAUUGAACCAGAGGUUCCUAUUGCUGGAAAGGCUGGUGGACUACAUAGAUGGUUUAAUUUUUUAACAGUUUUUGAUUCCCUCAGUGGCUUCCUUACAAUGCUUUCUUUCCAACUGAGGAAUUCUUAGAUGCAGUAUUCCUUCAUAUCAAUUCCACUGCAGUGAAGAGGCUUGGUGAGACCUAGAGGAAUUAGCAACCACCUGUAGUGUUAACCUGUCUCAAAUCUUACAAAGAGCAUUAGAAACUCUGAAGUAAUGGCCAAUUUUUUUUUUAACAUUUCCUUUUCGAUAAUAUAAUCGACAAAGUAUUGGUUGGUAAGUAGUUUCCUAUUAAAAUAUCAAUUGAUGUCUUUUUUAUGGUAAGAUUAUGGCAGCUGCUUAUACUCCUCUAUGUUGCGUCAUACGAUCAAGUGUAAGACAGCAGUAGUAUUGUAAUUCAUAUCGAGUCUGACUUCUUGCCCUGGGUUAUAAUAGCAAUAUAUAUACAGACAUAUGCUUUAUAGGAAUCCUUGGACUUUCUAGCUAAAUAUGCAAGAGGAAUUUCUAUUCUUAACUUUGUUUUUUAAAUAUAUUGUUGUUUUUCUUUUUUGGCGUGUGUUGUUGGUGUGGCUGUAGGACAAAUGGUAAUCAUAGUUCAUAGAUGCCUUUGAUCCGAGCAAGCAUUGAUAACUUCUACUUUUGUAUUUAGAUUGAUAAUUGAGUUUGCUCUUGUUUAAAUUGUUUGUUCUCUUUAUCUCUGACUGUAGUCUUGUUAAUUUUGUUCCUCUUAAAUAGAUUUGACAUUUUUCCUUGUUAUAAAAAGGAAAAAAGAAAUAUGACCUUUUAAUGGACAUGUGCAUUUUCGUGAUGUGUUUGUUUGCAGGCUUACAUGCAUCUGUUUGCAUGUUUGUAUUCAUAUCUCUGCUUCUGUGUCACCAUACUCAUGUUUCAAAUGGCAUUUAGUCAACAUAAUCAAUUACCAGUAUCUUACUUGUCGUAAAAUAAUCAGUUUAAUGUUGUUGGGGGGGGGGGGGUACAAUACUACUGCUGUUCAGCACUUGAUUGUGAGAGAAAUGCUGCAACCUAGGAGGUCUUAUAACGUGAAAAUUGCCUAUGGAGAAUAUUUUCAGUGGAUGAUUUACAUAUUUGAUCCAAAAGAUAAAACUUUUGCUAAGCCAUCUACUUCAAAAUAUCUGAUAUUUCUGGUUUGUAUUUGAGAUAAGUGAACAAUAUGGGUGAUUGCUAGCAUCCCUUGAUAUCACCAGGUGGGUUCGCUGAUCUGCAAGGUAAUUAUAUGCUUGGAGUGAAGGCUGUUUAAUGUUUUCUCAGUUUUUUUGUUUAGUCGUGUAAUAUUUUAUGUUUUCUUUUUGAACUAAAAUUCAAGUGUUCUGUUCACAACGACUAGCUUCCUUGGAAUUUUGGUUGGAAUUCGAAUAUCUAAUGUUUUGUUUUGACA